AUGGUGGGAUUACUUAAUGAAUCGCCGACAUUUUGUUUCGAUCGAGAUGAAUUAUCGACGGCCAAUUUUAAUGUUGAUGCAUUUGUUGUAAAAUAUAAACGUGAGGUUGGCUUAGAGAAAUUACGCGAUGAUUUAGACUUAUUUUUACGCGUACUCAAAUCGAGUAUGGUAGAAUUAAUCAAUCGAGAUUUUGCCGAUUUUUUGAAUUUAUCAACUAAUUUGGUUGGUUUUGAUAAAUCGAUAACAACACUUAAAAAUCCGUUGACUACUAUGAAAGUUGAUAUAUUGAAAAUAAAUGAAAUUCUUAGUAAUCAAAGAAAAGAAAUCGAAGAAAAACUGCGUGAACAAGAAGCGAUUCGCCAACGAAAACAAGUAAUUCAAUCGACAAUUGACGUACAAAAAUCCAUUCAACAAUUAAAGGAACUCGACGAUGCCAUUAAUUUAUCAAAAAUUGAUAUCGGUGAAAUGAUUGAACGUGCAGUUGUUCAGUUUAGUUUUAUUUCUAUACAAUUAGAAAAAUGCAAUAAAAAUGAGUCAACAGUUGAAUCUCUUAAAUUAGUGAUAGAUAAUUUACGUCGAGUAUUUGAAAAACGUUUAACAACAGCUUUCAUUAAUGCAUAUCGUGAACCGAAUAUGUCGUUGUUAGCAGAUUCGCUUAAAGGCUUAGCUUCGAUUUCGCUUCAAACUAUUGCUGAACAAACAUUUGCAGAUGAAAUUGUUCGACCUUAUAUGGAAAAGAUGGUUCGCAAUGCGCUAAUUCAAUCUACAGACAUUUCACUAGCAUUUGAAAAAACAUUAGAUUUUAUUCGUACGGAAUGUAAAGCAAUGCUCUAUGUUGUCGAACGGAUAAAUCGUGAAUGUGGAAGUCAUUUUGAUUUUGUUGUUAAUUCAAUAUUUCCUGAAUUAACUCAAUGUCUCGAAGAAUCCUCGAAUAGUUUAUUUUUUUCUGGCGAUCCCGAUGUAUUUCAUCAAAGAUAUACACAUUGGUUGAUAUUUCUUGAGCAAAUUCAAAGUAUUUUAUCGAAAUUAAGCGGACAAAAUUUAAAGAAAUCGAAAGCCUAUCAAGAAUUUUCAUCUCGAUGGGAUUUAGUUGUUUAUUUUCAAAUACGAUUUCAAGAAAUAUCAAAUUCCAUUGAAAGUCGAAUUGUUAAUCAGCCAUUUGGAUUGAACGAAGAUAAAAAUUCUCUAUUUAAAACUAUGAUUGCAUCGACUAUAUUUCAAUCGAUUGAUCGUUGCUGGCAAACAAAUAUUUUCCUUGAAACAUUAUCGCAACGAUUCUGGAAAUUAACAUUACAAUGUAUUGUUCGAUUUCGUAUUUGGAUUGAAUCAUUUAAUACAAAAACAGUCGAUACAAAAUUUAUUUUGAAUCUCUAUGCUGAUCUUCAAACAUUUACUCAAGAAGUAAAAAAUCUUUUUCUUAAAGUUAUUCUUGACCAACGACUUGCAUCAAUUAUUUUAUUGUCCCCAAAUAUAACAGUAGACUUAACUAACAUUUUGGAUCAAACACUUUUAAGUUUAACAGAUAAAUGUCGUACUGAUUUGAAAAAUUUAGCUAUAGGACAACUAAUUGAACGAUGUAAUGAAACACUUCAUUCAAUACAAGAAAUUCCUCGAAUGUACAGAAAAACAAAUCGUGAAGCACCUAGUAAGGCAUCGAACAGUAUCCAAGCGACAUUCCGUCACUUACAAAGCUUUACUAAUGAUUACAGCGGUACGAUAUUAACUGAAGAUGAAUGUAAACAAUUUCAAAGCGUUGCAAUGGAAGAAAUCACCAAAAAUUAUUAUGGAUUAUGCUCGGAGAUUUUAUCAUCUGUCAGAAAAAUGGAAGAAAAUAUACAGCGAUUAAAACGUGUACGUGAAUCAUCUAAAGCUUUAUCGACAAUGUCACAAAGUGUGACUACAUCAUCAACAGCAUCAUUGACAGACGAUAAUAAAAUUCGUAUGCAAAUUCACCAUGAUGUGAACGCAUUUACAAGCGAACUGAAGAAUCUCGGUAUUCAAAUUGAAUCGUCGAAUAAAUUAGCUAUGCUUAAUGAAGAAAGUCGUUUACAAAUAUUAAAUUAA